AAAUUUUAAAAAAAAAUCACUCCUCCUUAUUUAUAUUACUGGAUUAGGUAGUAGUGAGUGAGUGAAAUAGCGAACAAUUUUAGAGAGCCUGCGCAAAUGAGCUUAAACGCAGAAAUCAGUUACCUACGGAAGCCGACGUGGAGCAGAAAUUGCUUUACUGUACAUGAAUGAGUGUGACGGCGAUGACAUGAGUUUGGCUCAUUUGUUGACGUUCUAAAAUUAUUAAGCUCAUGCUAGGCCUCGCAGAAGUCCGUGUGCACUCAUGAUGCACUACUCCGACUGGCUCAUUGACGUUAAAAACAGGGCAAACCUUCGGAAUGUGUCCAAAACGGCGGCGAACAGCGACUGGAGCAACCGGAGCAAGGUGUCCGGAGAGCUAGCGGUCACCGCUCAUCUUUGGAAAAGGGGCUACAAAAUAAUCAAGAAGAUUGGCGAAGGCGCAUGCUCUGUGGUGGUUAAAACUCAGAGUCUGAAGGAUGGCAAGAUGUACGCAUGUAAGACGAUGAACCAGGUUAUUAAGAGUGUGGAACAGGCCAUUAACCUGCGAGAGGUUCAGGCGAUGAGGAGGCUCAGCCCGCAUCCAAACAUCAUCCAUCUGCAUGAAGUCAUUUACGCCAACGAAAUCGGCACCGUGUCUUUAAUCUGCGAGCUGAUGGAGAUGAACAUGUAUGAGUUCAUUAAAGCGAAACAGACGCCGCCAUCUGAACACACGGUCAAACAUUACAUGUACCAGCUGUGCAAGGCACUCGAUUACAUGCACAGCUGCGGGAUCUUCCACAGAGACGUGAAGCCAGAAAAUAUUCUUAUCAAACAAAACGUUCUAAAGCUGGGCGACUUCGGCUCGUGCAGGAGCAUACACUCCAAACCGCCGCACACGGAAUACAUCUCCACGCGCUGGUACCGGGCUCCCGAGUGCCUCCUGACCUACGGCUACUACAGCCUGAAGAUGGAUAUCUGGAGUGCUGGAUGUGUCUUCUAUGAGAUUAUGAGGUUGAAUCCACUCUUCCCCGGCGCCAACGAGCUCGAUCAGAUCGCCAAGAUCCACGACGUGUUAGGCACUCCCGAGCAAUGCGUCCUGCGCAAAUUCAAAGAUCACACUGCAUCCGGGUCUCGAGCCAUGAACUUCAACUUCCCCAACAAGAAGGGCAGCGGACUCUCCCGUUUGCUGCCCGGUUGCCCCGCCUCCGCUUUGUCUCUGCUCUACCACAUGUUGGCUUACGACGCCGACGAACGCAUCACGGCCGCCAUGGUCUUGAGGCAUGCGUACUUUCGGGAGCUGCGGUUGGCGGAGAAAAAAAACGAGCGUAUUCCUGGAGUAAGUGGGCUGCUUGAAGGCAUGGGGAAAAAAGUCACCUCCAACCUCCUGUGGCGACCUUCUCGACUUUGCAAACAAAUGAAGGGAACCCACGCCAGAGCCACGCCCUUAAUUACUCACAACACAAAGCACGUAGCUGAGCCCCUCAGCCGACGCAAUGGCAGCCAUUACGAGCUGCCCAAACUCAAGAUGGCCGCCGCGGGGCCACAGCGCUCCUUCCAGGGCUCUACGCUGCCCGCUGUUGAACACACGCACCGAGGGCCCCUGCCCGCCAUCGCCACGAAGAAGUGCCAGUCAAGAUUGGCUAAGGCCAACCAUGAGUCCCAGCUAGCGGCGCUGAAGACAGGCUUCAUUCCGCCCCUGGAAAGGAAAUUCGGCGGAGACUACUGACACCCUCACCAACAGCAAUUUUGUUUGCACACAGAAUAAUGAACGUAUGAUUGUGAUUUAUUAAUCCCUGCUUUACCCCCACACACAUGCAGUUAUCAAUCUGUUUGGAAAGUAGCUUGCCAGCCUCUCAAUAGGCUCAUUAAUUUGCACUUUACUGUUGUAAACGUGAGACCCAAUUUAAAAAAUAUAUAUAUUGUUCUUAAGAGUACUUUAAGACAUGAGCGCUUGUGUGAAUUAAACUGCAUGUGUAUUUAUACAGAAUGUUUUUUUUUAAAUUAAAAGAUAAAUGUCAAUAUAAUGAAAACAUAAUUUUGAAAAAAUUAUAUUAAAUCCAAGAAACAAAAACAUGACUAUUGCACUCGAGAUGCAAUUAAAUAUGAAAUAAAAGUUUGAAAUAAGACUAAAUCAGUGUUAAGCAGCUUACGGCGUACAGUCAUACCUACCAAAAAUUUGGAAUAUAAUAAAAUCUUAUGAUUAUGACUACAUGUUAUUCAGAGGGACAACAAGGAAAUCAGAAAGUGUAUUCAAGAUUAUUUUUAAUAUUAUUAUGUAUACUUUAGGCUUUAGAAAUAUAACUAUCCAUGACAAAACUUCCCACGGGGGAAAUGGUAAGUUUGGCCUCCCCAACCCUCCGUCAGCAAAUUAAUUCAUUACAAUAUACACAGUUAUGAUACAGAGCACAUUUCAAUCUGAACACAAUAUUAAAAUAAAUGUUCAAUAGAUACUUUUAAUCUUCUUUCCUCUACUGUAUUAGCCAUCUGUGAGCACAACACAAAAACUUGUAAAUCCAUUUUGUCCCAUCUAAUAAACUUCUUUAAGUGCAAACUUUU